CAUCAAACCUCCGCACCAAACUUCCGCAGAGGUGCCUCCGCUUCUUGUCACCUUAUCAACAACACAUCACCAGGCUCGGACUUCGGAAAUAGCAAAAGUAUUUCUCUCCCCGCGACUAUCAGUAACAUGGUUCCGUUCGUUCCGCCGAGUGAGCAAAAAGCCUGCUUUGGAUGUGCCACAGCAAAGAGGGCGUGCGACAAGCAGAAGCCGAGCUGCCAACGGUGUGAUGAAAGGGCCAUUCGUUGCCAGUAUCCAACCACUCGCAGAUAUCUCCGCUCUAAGUCAGCAACAAACGCCUCGAGCCAGCAUUCAAAUCGAGUAGGGCUACAGGGCUCGACAGGACAGACAGGGCAUCUCAGGACGCCAGCAAGUGACUGCGUCGCGGAUCUACCGACUCUAGGCUCUCCAAUAACCAGCUCUUUCACCUACAAGCCCUGGUUCGUUGGUCUGGAGACCUGGGCAAUUGAGAACAGGGGUGUCACCACAUGCCGCUUCAGUUCAGGACCUUCCUAUGGUUCGCCACAACUUGGCGAUUGGACAAAGAGUCUUUGGAAUUGGUUGCGGCAGUGGGUCGACGAGGGCAACAAUCCAUUCAUCCAUAAGCAGCUCUACCUUGACACUGGCUUACCUCCAUGUCUCGAAGACGCGUGGACAACCCUAACGGCGUACUUUUCAAAGACGGCCUUGAAUACACCUUUGGUAAUGCAGAUCAUCGAGCACCGUGUCGACGCUCUUCUGCAAUCCCAGCCCCAUGACGAUGCUUCAUUUAUGGCAGUGCCCAGCCUGCAGACUAUUCAACACUUGGCAAGGGUGCAGGCUCUCUUCAUCUACCAAUUCCUUCAGUUUUACGAUGGAUGCAUUCGCCAGAGGGCAAUGGCAGAUAGAUCCAUUCCAACCCUGCUGCAAUGGUGCGAGCACCUUUGGCAAUCGGUUAUGUUGGACGCAGUCCACAACGAGCAAUCUUUAACCACAAUGGACAUGAAUAGUUCCGACGCCAUGGCUGAAACUCCGACUUCCAAGCACUGGAAAGCCUGGAUUCUUAGUGAGAGUCUGCGGCGGACAUGGGUCGUCUGCACAAGUACGAUAGCGGCGUAUCUCAGAGAAAGAGAUGGCUGGAACGAAUGCGCGGGUGAGAUUCGAUAUACGGCUUGUCAGGGAUUAUGGGAUGCGUCUUCAUCGGCGAUGUGGCUGCAGUUGAGCAGUAGGCGAGAUCCUCUAUUUGUCAGAAGUCUCCACGUUGAUGAGCUUUUGUUGAGUGUAGCUCCUACUGAGGUGGACACAUUCUCAACUGCCCUCAUGCGCCUUCUGAUAGGGAGGGAUGAGAUGGAAAGCUGGGGUCGCAGGUGAGCCAUACAAUUAUAGCAUCUUGAGCCGGCGUAUGCCAUAGUUAAGGCGGAGGGCGCUUCUGGAAAAGAAUAAAAGACUUAUUUAAAAUCAGUCUAUAUAGCAUUACAACACAAAAUAGACUAAAGAGUUUCCUUAGCUAGAUAGAAGGAUUAUUAGAUACUAGAAGAGCUGGAAAGUUAGGCUAAAUAAUCUAAAUAUAUUACUAAUUUACUUA